UUUUUAUCGCUUCUUGCACAGGAAAAUUUUCUACGUGAAAAUCGCGAAUCAUCUUGAGUCACGACACUUUUUAUGCGCAGUAAUAUUGUCUUCGUUUCGCUGUGAUUUUUGAUGAGUGGAGUUGGGAAAAUCGUCAGCUGAGACGGGACAGUUAUUAUUGUGAAGGUACCUGUCGAUUAUGCCUGGGGGCUUCGUGGGUGGGUCCAUGAAGGAUUUCAAAAAAUGGGUUAAUAAGGUUCGUUUAGGCGGUGGAGACUUGCUGAGCCUUGAUUCCGGGUACUCUUCAAAAGCUUCGUCUCCAUCAAAUGGCGAGAAGAGUAGCAAAUCGGAGUCUCGUAAAAGUAACGGUUCAUUCCGUUUUUCGUUGAAAUCGGGUGACCAGCGAGAUGAAAACGAUGAUGAUCUGUCGGAGAGUUUCAAUGGGAUUGUGGAGGCACCACGAUUCCGUGGAGCUUCUUCUGCUGUAGAACCCGUGUCAAAUAAUGCCAGACGUCAGCCGGUGCUCCGCGAAUCCCGAUCAGAUUAUGAAGAACCCAGUGAGAAGAUCUCUCAGAUCUCUGAGGAACGCGAUGAGCUCAAAAGGAAGCUAGAAUCUCUGGCUGCGGAGCAUGAUAAGAUCAGAAGUAAGGACCUUUCAAGUAGCAGAGAAAUCGAGGAACUGGAAGAAACAAAGGAAGUCUUGGACAAGACAGUUCAUUCUCUUCGUCUGGAACUUGAUUCUGUCAAAGAAGAGCGUGAUUCUUUGAAGAAGCUCAACGAGUCUCAAGCCAGUGAGAUUGUAAAAUUACAAUCAAAUCAAACACAGUUCAAGAAAGUGGUGAAGGAGUAUGAAAAGAUGCUGGAAGAACUAAUGCUGGAGAAGAACUCGUCAAAUUUGUCAACUGAUAAGCAGGUUGAAUUGCUCACUGCGGAGUAUGAACGUGUGAAGACAGAACUUCAGCAAAGAACAGAAGAUCUUCGUGAAACCGAAAUAGCUUUCAACAGCAUCCAUUCGAAAGCAGAGCGACUGAAAGAGACUGUUGUUGUCUUAAUGGAAAAUGAGAAGAAGCUGAAACAAGCUCUUGAAGAAGCUCGAACCGCAACACUGGAGAGUGACCGGGUUGCAUCGCAAAUGGUGGAAACCGCUCAGGACAAAAUCGAAAGAGCUUGGAGCGAAGUGGAGGAAAUGAAAGCUUCAAAGGAAAGAGAAGUUUCUGCCUUACGAUGCCAGUUGAGGCUGAUGGAAUCCGAGCUUUCAAGUGCCCAAAUUUCAUAUUCUCAGAAGGAGAAAGAGGUGAAAGAGCUCUCGGUCAUCAUUGAGGAGCUUCUUCAGAGCAUGGGAGUGAAGCAGAAGUAUCUUCAGCGUGCCUCAGGCUGGAGAACGUUCUCUUCUUCAUUGCUGCGCCCAUCAUCAGAAAUGAAACCAUCAGUCCAGGACAUCGAAUUGGAAAAGAGGAAGCAACUGAUUGAAAUGGAGCGAUACAUGUUGGAGGAAAUGGGUGAGCAAGCACCAAGCGUUAUCCCGGACAGCAAAUGGAGUGAGCUUCUAUCCCUAAAUGGCCCAGGAUCUCGCCGAAGGUUCUUCAUGUAUUUGUUCAAGACCGAAAAGGCUCGCGAAAAUGAACUCAAGAAGAAAGCUGAGCACAAAAUUGCGCAACAACUGCAUCGAGAGGCAGUGCUUGCUCAGCGUGCAGCGAAUGAACACAUCAACUACGGUCUUGGUCAAAAUAGCUACUUGUUGAAAGUCUACGACCGCACAAUCGACAUGUGGGGCAAUUAUCGUCUUGCGAAUGCUAUGAAAUUCGGCCAGACACUUCUGGUCGACGUUGGCUUCGAUGAUCAAAUGUCAAUGCGGGAGUCUAGAAAUUGUGCCGAGCAGCUCAUGAAUUUGUUCGCUGCAAAUCGAAUGAGCCCUGAUCCGUUUCAUCUUCGUGAGUGUUCCUCUGGGUUGUCCGAAAAAGCUAUCGGACUAGCUUCUCUCGGGAACCCUUUGCACUUCUUUGGAGAGGAUUAUCAUCAUGACUUUUUUCAGGAAAAAUUGGUUUACCUGACCCCUCAUUGCCGUGAUGAUCUCAUCCAUUGGGAUCAUGAUGCUGUUUACAUAGUUGGAGCCAUUGUGGACAAAACCAAACAAGAACCUCUGUCACUGGCAAAGGCAAAAAAGCUGGGGUUGAAAUUCCGGCGUCUUCCUCUGGAUCGUUAUCUUGAGUGA